GUUGGUAAUUGAGCAAGCGAAGAGGAGGAGAAAGAAGAAGAGCUUGGCAAACAGUGUACAGGUGUGUGGGUGUGUGUGUUGGAGGACAAGUGUGUUGGUGGAGCAGCACAGGUAACUUCUAUGCGAGAGGGAACAAGAGAGAGAGAGAGAGAGAGGAAAAGCGCGGGUCAUGCUCACUGAGCGUAACUGUCUUGCGCAGCGUGGGAAACUAAUGGACUGACUCUUUGCUUUAAGCCAAGCUUUAUAAGCGGAGUAUGUGUAACUCUCUCUGUUGCUCACUCUCUCCGCCGCGUUGCCAACUACAGCAAGGCCUAUUGGCAAACUCAUAGCUGGCCAUGUUAUUGUUUUUGUUGGUAUGUGCGUGAUGGAAUCUUGUUUGGUCUGCUCUCUCGCUCUCAGUCAACCGCCGCAGAGAGAACCAAGCUCACCUUAAUUUACCUUCGUGGUUACCUGCGUUUCGCUGCGGCGAUCAGUUGUUUUUUCAACUUGAAACCAAGCGGAUGCGCGACGGGCUAAACAAGUUAACAGAUCCGACAAACACAUACACUCAAACGUUUGCACGCACACUCAUACCAGUUCAAAAAACUAGAAAAAGACAACAAGACAAAGUGGUGGAAGCAACAGGUCAAGAAGAAGGCGAAAAUACUUGUUUGCUGGCUUUAAAUUAAAAUAGUAAACUAUUCAAAAGGCCUCAAAACAAAAAUUGCAGGCGUUCAAUCAAAUGUAACUGUAACACAUUUGGGCUUUCGUGUAUGUGUGUGCCAGAGAAAAGAAAGUGCAAUAAAAACCAAAAAUUGUGAAAAGCCAACAAGUGCAAUGUAUACAACGUGUUGAACGGAAAAAAACGGAAUAAAACAAGAAAACAGUAAAAACAGUUAAGUCGCCGCGCUGAGAGAGAGGGAGAAAAAAGCACAACCGCUGGCGGUGCAGCCCUGAGAUGCAGAUCAUCCAAAGCUAGUCUGAGGCUUCAGUUGUACUGAGCACAAUCACUAGCAAUAGUUCUAAUCAAGGGACCCGGAUCCAGCGAUCCAACUUCUUCAGCCACAUCGACCAUCACAGGAAGAGAUUGACAAAAUGCAGGUUCCCGAGCACGUUGUUUCACUGUACAUUGCGACCUGUGGCCAAAAUGGAUCAGGCCUGGGAUCAGACGAGAAGGAGAUCAUAUUACUGGUCUUUGUCCUCUUAGAGGUUUCAACUGGACAGAUCGUGGGCACCAAACAAAUACUCGUCCGGCCGGAUGGCUACUUCAUCAAGGAUCGCACCAUCUCGGGCUCCUCGGACAACUCGAGUGUCACCAACAACACGGCCAGCUCCCCGCCCCUGGCGAUCGGGGAUGCCAAUAAUGGCAGUGGAAGCACCAGUGGCAACGGAAGCAGUCUGGAGAAUGGAUCCGAACUGAUUCUACCCAUUGCAGAGGCCCAGGCGGCUGGCAAACCUUUGAGCGAGGCCAUUGAAGAGUUCGAUGCCUAUCUGCGAUCUCUGUCGCUCCACGAUACGGAGAUCAAGCUGGUCACAGAUGGCCAGCUGCCCCUGAGGCAGUGCCUCCAUCGGGAGGCCAGUGCCAAGGAUGUGGAGCUGCCGGCGUACUACAAUCGCUUCAGCGAUCUGCGCAAGGAGUUCCUGCGCUACAAGUCCGGCGACCUUGCCCGCGCCCUCGUUCCCGUCAAGGAUGUCAAGAAGAUGCUCCAGGCGCCCACGCUGCCCAUGCCCCAGUCCAUUGCCGAGAUGCUGGGAGAACUCAAUAUUUCAUCCGUGGAGGACAACGACUUUUACAUUCGGGAAUCCCGCGACAUGGUCACUGUGAUCCAGACGCUGCUCCAGGCAGGUCACAAAUUUGCUGCAAACGAAUUGGUCAACCUGGUACUGGAACCGGGAAUUUGCUCCAUUGACGACGAGGUCGACGGCAACUGCAUAGUGAGGGCCAGAGGAUUACCCUGGCAGAGCAGCGACCAGGACAUCGCCAAGUUCUUUCGCGGCCUCAACGUAGCCAAGGGCGGCGUGGCCCUCUGUCUUUCUCCGCUGGGUCGUCGUAACGGCGAGGCUCUGAUCCGGUUUGUGUGCCAGGAGCAUCGCGACAUGGCGCUCAAGCGGCACAAGCACCACAUCGGCACCCGCUACAUCGAGGUGUACCGGGCAUCGGGAGAGGAUUUUCUGGCCAUUGCCGGCGGAGCCUCCAAUGAGGCGCAGGCCUUCCUAUCGAAGGGCGCCCAGGUGAUCAUCCGCAUGCGAGGAUUACCCUACGACGCCACCGCCAAGCAAGUGCUGGACUUUUUCACUGCUGGUGAUACGCCGCCUUGCCAUGUUCUCGACGGGAACGAGGGCGUGCUGUUCGUUAAGAAGCCGGACGGACGGGCCACGGGUGAUGCCUUUGUGUUAUUCGCACACGAGUCGGACGCGUCCAAGGCGCUGUGCCGGCACCGUGAGUCCAUUGGGCAGCGGUACAUUGAGCUAUUCCGUUCCACGACCGCCGAGGUGCAGCAGGUGCUCAACCGGUCGAUGGAUCCCAAGAACUAUGAGUCCGGUGGCGGGCAUAGCCAGCCGCCGUUGAUUGCCCAACUGCCCACGAUGCAGCUGCCGCUGCUGCCGCAGGUGGGUGCCCACAGCCUCAGCCACAGCCUCGGAGCCAGCCCCGCUAACCUGUGCCCCCCCGUGCCACCUCCCGCUCUCCCUCUCCCCACACAGCACCUCAUCACCUCGGGCACCACCAAGAACUGCAUCCGACUGCGCGGACUGCCCUACGAGGCGAUGGUCGAGCACAUUCUGCAUUUCCUCGACGACUUUGCAAAGCACAUCAUCUACCAAGGUGUUCAUAUGGUGAUCAAUGCGCAGGGCCAGCCAAGCGGUGAGGCCUUUAUCCAGAUGGACUUGGAGGAGUCAGCUCGCUUGUGUGCUCAGCGCAGGCACAAUCAUUAUAUGAUGUUCGGCAAGAAGUACCGCUACAUCGAGGUGUUCCAGUGUUCCGGGGACGACAUGAACAUGGUCCUCAACGGAGGGCUGGCCUCUCCGGUGGCACAACCGCCGCCGCCUCACCUCGGCCACGCUCACAAGCAGCAAUCACUGCUGGCCGCCACUACGGGUAUGUUCAGUUCGGCGGGUCAGUCGCCGACGACCGUAGCCGCCGGUACCGCUCAGUCGCCGCUCAGCGGCACUCAUACACACACUCACCCGCACUCACAUGCGCAUGCGCACGCCCCGGGCCACGCCCAUGCGGCGGCCGCCGCCGCCCACCACGGAUUGUCCGCCUCAUCGGCUAUGCUGCCGGGUCUUUCGGCUGCCGCUUCUGCAUCCAGUCUGGCCUCCUUCAUGUCGGCCGGUCAGCAGUCGGCAGCCGCAGCUGCCCAUUCCGCUGCCUCGCUGCAAAAUGCCGCAGUGGCCUUGGCUCCUCAGGGCUAUGCCCUCAAUCCCUUCUCGCUGCCGCCGCCAGGAUCUGCGGCUGCUGCAGCAGCUUCCACUCCCGCCCUGCUGGCCCAACAGCAGGCUCAGUUCAUCGCCCAGCAAAAUUUGUUGGUGCGACAGCAGGCUGCCGCUGCUGCCUUGGCCGCUGAACAGCAGCAGCAACAGCAGCAGCAGCAACAACUCUAUGCCAGUGCAAUGCUUCAACAGCAUCCGCUGUACUUGCAACAGCAACAGCAGCAGCAGCAACUGUAUGCCAGUGCCAUGUUGCAACAGGGUCAGCCCCAAUUUGUGCUCAUGCAACGGCCCUCGGCCGCCUACUUGCCGCCCUUUCCGCUCAGCUAUAUGUCCGCUGCAGGGGCGGCUUCGGGCGUUGGAGUGGCGCCAGGAGCAGCAGUUGCCGGCGCGGCAGCAGCAGUAUCACCUUCGGCCAGCAACUCCUCGCUGGGUCAAUCGAUGAAGCGCUCGUACGAGAACGCCUUUCAGCAGGAGGCAGCGGGAGCGGCAGCGGCGGCCAGUGCUGCUAAGCGGGCCUUAACGGGCCGCCAGCCCAGCAGCGUUUACUCGUACUACAAUUCGGGGAUCUAGACCCUAGAUUGCUCCCACACAAAUGAAAGAUUUGAACCUGAAAUAAGAGCUCCAACUCCAGCACUUCGGGCACAUUCCGCGAGUGGGUGGGGCGUUCAUUUAAUACCUACAUUAAGGCGCACACAUAACCAUAUCAUGUAUCACCAUGGCCACACUCACACACAACGCAUACCAGACAUUCUAGACAUCUAGAGCUUAAUAAUUACCGAUUUGGAAUGUAGACAUAAGUACUUUUCUUGUAUGGAGUACUCGUAGUAGCCUAAGCAUACCUGUCUAUGGUUUAAGUGAACCAUACUUACUAUAAUUAAUAUACAACGAGACACACACGCGGGCACUCACACACCCACACAAGCACACACACCUGCAAGCACUGCUCACCCAUACACGCAUAAGUACACCAGCUAACAGGGGCAUUUCGAAAAGGAUCAAUGUGUCCUAAUCACUAGUGUUCUACUAAGCAUUCCAUGCCAAUGGACCUUUAUUUUUAUAUUCCGAUAUAUGCUUGGUGUGUGUGUGCGUGCACGCGUGUGGGGGGCAGGAGAAAGUAUAUAUGUAUCUUGAGAAUAUAUAUCCUCGACUGUCCCCCGAUUCGAAGGCAAUCAACAGAGGCUAACGUGGUUCAAUGGGGCAGGGAGCUCUCAUGGGCGGCUUGGUGGCCACCAAGCCCAUUUAGUGCAAUCUAAUUUUAGUGUUUACCCUAUGUAAUCCUGUUUAUAAUAUAGCCACUCGGCGGCGCCCUCCAUGAGUUCCCCUCCCUCCGUGAACCACGUCAGGUGUUGGCUCAAGCGCAAAUUGAAACAGAACUUGAAACGAAAUCGAAACCCGGAAUUGUUUACAGGCUAACACGAGUUAAGCGAAUAUCACGAAACCCUGUUUUGUUAGACAAGCUAUUUGGAAUACCCAUCGAUGGGUGGAGUUGUGUGCCUAUCGACUUAUACAUAUAACUACAUUUAUACACGCUAGCUUUAAGUUUGUGCGAUUUGUGAAAUGGGAUUGCAUUUUAAUUCUACCGGCGAUCUUUUCCCGUGUCUCUCCAUGGCCGCUAACAAUCAAUUAUUAAUAAUCUCAUCGUCUGACUUGCAAUAUCGUACACCCUAUAAAUACAUAGUGCCUAGAUCUAUGGUGUAGCUCUUAAGUGUGCGUAACUGGUGUUAGUCGCAACUGGGAUAGUUCUCUCUACUGUAUCACUCUCUACCUCUUGAUAUCAAUACCUCUCACUGUUUGUGUGUUCUCUGUCAUCACUAAUCUAGUCGGGAUCAGCUAGAUCUAUAGUCUAAAGCUUGUUGUAAGUUGGGGCGCUUUAGUGUCUAUAUAUAUAGUGUGUCUAGUCUACAUAAUCGGAUAACUGAUAACUGGUUACUGGUGACUUGGGCUUACAAUCCUGCAAAGUGCUCGUUAGAUUUAAGACUGUCUUAGCUCUUGAGAAGUAAUUAUUUCGGAACGAUAUGAUAAUAAGAAGUCUACAAAAUUAUAAUAUACUAUUCGGCGUAGCUUACCAUGAGUUUAGAACUCUGCAAUAUAAGAUAAGGAACAUCCUUUGAGCUAAGAUAUGAAUUCAGUUAAUGAGCAUUUUGUAGAAUUUCUACACAAAUAGGAGCUUUUGACAGCGUCUUCGGGAACGAAUUCCCCGACCUACCCAAUCUCCCAAAACAAAAAUCCAUAUAUCCACCACUCCCUUCUCCUGCUGCGUCUAACACUAAGUUUCGCUCGGCUUGGGAAGAUCGAGCUUAGCGAGGGAAAGGCAUGGGAAAGAUAGUCUGCGCCUAGCCUAAUCCUUAGCCUAAUUUAACCAUUAGUUUUACGUAGAAUGGCAAACGAGUGGCUUCCGAGCGGGUUAAACUGGCCACUUUAAAGAAACAACACAUAAUCAAUUAUAUCUACUUAACUAGUUUGUACGCACAGCAGUUUUAAUGUUUUUUGGAAAUUUUACGAUUUUUGAUAUUCCAUUCUUUUUUACCACUAGAUGUUAGUGAACAAUCUUUGAUUAAUUUUUUACAUCAAUAAAAUACGACAUACCGCCUAAACUAA